GCACGUCACAGCCGCGUCAUCAUGUCUCCGUGUCUGCUUUUAUCGCUGGGGAAUUAAUUCGUUCGACAUUAUCACACGUUAUCGAUACCUUUAUGUGUGAACUAUAAGUUUUGGACAAUUUUAUAAUAAAGCCACAAGAUGGAACUGCUAAGACAAGUGUCGAACACCCAGUUUCUGUUUCCUGCGGCAGCUGUAGCGGUUGUUUUAGUAUGCGCAGCUUUAGUAUUUAUCUUCGGCUUCCAUUCAGCGGAACAGCCGCAGUUCGAUAAACUGCCGCUUGUGGUGGACGACAGGAAGUCGUCCAAAUCCAAGAGGAAAACGAAGGACAAGAAGUCUUCGCCUAAUCGCACAGCAAGCGAUGAUGGGAAAGCUAAGUCUGAGAGCUCCAAGAAAUCUCCUACUAAGGAGAAAAAGGAGGAGAAGUCCAAACCUAAGGAGAAGCCUGCUGAGUUCAAGCCUGUGAAGAAGGAGGUGCCUGUGGACAAAAAGGGGAAGAAGAACAAGGUGACCGAGCAGGAGAAGCCGGCAGAUUUUGAUGAGGGAGUGUGGGAGGAAGUGCCAAAGAAGGUAAAGCCUAGUGAGAAGAAAAAGGUGAAGGCUGAUGAGCCUACCAAGAAGGAGAGCCCGGCCAAGAAGAAUAAGAAGAACAAGACUAAGGAUGCUGAUGUGGAGGCUGCUCGCCCUGAGGAGCCUGCUGAGGAGACCAUCAAGGUUUUGAGCGCUGAAGGCCCGGGAGUGAGUGAGGAGGCUGCCAGGGCCCUGCAAGCUCAAGUUGAGGAGCUGCAGCGUGUUCUCAAGGAGCGCGAACGCAUGGACCAGGCGGCGCUGGGUACGGCCGACGACGAGGAAUCGGCUGCCGAUGAGUUGACUGAUGUGAAGGAUCUCAGGAGCAACAAGAAGAAGGAGAAUAAGGAAAAGCAGAAGAAGAAGGCUAGUGAGGCCCCCAAUGCUAAGAGCUUGCAGAAGGCCGAAUCCGUCGAGAAGGAGAGCUCCGACUCCGACAAACCUGACGACAAGCAGAACGCGCCUGUCUUUGAUGAACUAGGAGACACCUGGACAGACGCCAAAGUAUCGAAGAAGAGCAAAAAGAAGGCGCGCAAAGACCAGUGAGAGGUGAGUCGCAGAGACAGGGUCCGGCCGGCUCGUGCUAGCUCAAUGCCACUCACACCGCUGAUAAAAUUACCACAUGAUCUUACCAAUACACAGCAACACGCAAUGGCGUUAUAUUCACUUGACUAUAUCAUAUAAUGUAUGUAAUCUACUUCAAAUGCUAGUAUAAGAAUACAAUCUGAUAAAAUACUCUGUUGUUCGAGAGUGGUGUCGAUUUUACGACAAGUAAGCAGUUUUGAUCCUUUUUCUUUUGUAGUAUCAUCGUUUCAUCUCUUUUUAGUCAAAUCUGAAUUUUACUCUUAUCAAACUCAUCUGUAAUGAGCAUUUGAAUAACUGUUACAUACAAAUAUUCUACAUUAGUUAAUUGUACAUUUCAGUUCAGGGUUGUAGUUUUACAGGGUGUGAAUAUUAUUUAAAAUAAGUUUUAAUACCUGUUCUUACACAUUCACUUCAUUUACGUCCAUGUUUUUAGUUUAAUAGUUUAUUUUAUAUAGCUCAUGUUGACUUGUUUUUCAUAAUAAUUUAAUUAUUGUUUUUUUUUACUAUGCAUAAUACAAAAUUGUUUUUAUGCUUUAAUAUAUGAGUCAUUUUAAUUUUAUAUAUCUUGAGAAUGUUUAAUGACCUUUGGGAAUCUGCAAUGUGUUUGGGUGUUACAUAGGCACUCUGUUAUAUUGUAGAAGUUAAUGGUUUUUAUGGAUUAACUAACUUGUAUUGUCGUCUUAAUAUCGUAGGCGUCCGACCUAUCGUAGUACCUUGUAUAGUGGUAGCCACUGCGUCCGGGUGUAACAGUCAAGAUCUUCUGGUGCUUGUAGUAAUAAGUGUUCUCCUUUCAUUCCAUGUGUGCAUUUGUUCCUUGUCUCACCACUGCUAUCUAUUACGUAGUGAUCGCAUCCACGGCGAUACAGCAGCUGAUCAUCAUCGUGUUAAUUUAAUAACAUUUUAUUGGUGUUGUGAAUGACCCAUGACAUUAUGUGAUGAGACCUGAAUUUUGGACCAAUAAGUAUGCUGUUUACAUCACGUCAAAAAUGUUUUUAGAUGAGUUUCCUUUAUUUUCAGUUUGAUGAAUCUGUAGUGUUUACGUAUAAAUGUAUUGUCAUUUUCCGUCCGGACACAUUGACCUAUGUUGUGCAUUGUGUGUCCUUCAUUUCCACUUCCACUCUGUAUCUCGGUGUGCACUGAGAUACAGUGACAGCCUCACAUUUUUAUUUCAUUUAUAUCCCGCGGCCAAGUCUAAUGUAAACAGCUUGAACAUAAUCGUUUUAUUGCAGAUUCCUAUUUUGUAUACCUAGUUUUAAGUAUAAUAGUUGGAGUUAAGGAUAGUGCAGACAUUGUAAAGAAUCAUUUUGAAAUUCUAAACAUUUCGAAUGCAAAUAAUUUAUUAUACUUACUAUAGUAGUAGGGUAAGAGUGAGAGAAUAUUAACAGGUGACUAAUAGACGAAAUAAAAUACAUCCCAUUAGUGUCAGUAGGUCGAUGUUGUGUUCUGCAGAUGUCGGAAUUGUCGGCAUGUAGUUUCACAAUUACGUUUCAUACUACACGUAUUAUUUUUCAAUCAAAAACGACUACUGUUUUUUUUGUACUACAGCAUACAAUAUUUCCUUGUUGAUUCUUUGAUUUAUUUGUACUACUUAUUUAUUUAUACAUUCUCGACAUAAUCUUGUGAUAUCUCUUAGUGCCAGGAGCAUUCAGUAGAUAUGUUUCCUUACAGUACGAGUAUAAUAUCUAGUUUUUAAAACUGAGAAUUCUUCGAUACGCACUGAAUUUACCAUUUGUUGUUAUAGAUAAUAUUUCUUUAGAUGAGUAUCAUCUAUGUAGGUAUGUUCUAAGAGAUUCAUCAUAAUUAUUUUCAUUUUUGUGUUUCUAUAUUUUUAUGUUAAAAUAUGAAUGGCAGUACUUAGGGCCUAGUAUCAUCUAGAGGAUUCUCAGAGAUGAAUUAAAUUCGUAUAUUGUUAAUAGGUACAUUAGAUGUAACGAUAUUUUUGGCUUCAUAUUCAUGUAGUAUAGGGAGGGGCCGCUCGCGGCUCCGGCAACGUUUGCCAACGCAUAGAGACAUCGUAUCUUGAGAAUGUUAUUGUUUUAUAGGCUCUAAAAUAUAAUGAAUGUGUAAUAUAAAUAUUUUUUUAAAAUCAAUAAAGAGUGAUAUUGA